AUGUUUAGACGCUUAUCAUUUUCUUUAAUCCAGUCUCGUGGUAUUAAACAUCAAGUUAAUAUAAAAUGGGUGCGCCCGGAAUAUGUGCCCGCGUAUAAAGCCGAAAGAUCAGGUGAUUUAGAAGCACUUCCAAAUAUUCCCACAAGUGCUCUAGGUCAAUAUUAUGCGUUAAGUGAAGAAAUGAAAAAUGCAUCAGAAGCAGUUAAAAAAUUGUUCUCAGUAGCUCAUCUUGGCAAGAAGGAAUAUAAUCAGCUGGUCAAAACACAUAUGAUAAGUAAAGUCAAAAGACAUCAAUAUGAUGAAAAUACUGCUGAAACUCGAAUUGCUAGACUCACUGGUCAUAUAAGAUGUUUACAAGAUACAAUGGAAAAAUUUCCAAAAAAUGUUAAAGCCAAACAAACUGUACAGGAGCUUAUAGAUAAGAGGAAAAAGCUUUUAAAGUUUUUAAGACAAUAUGAUUACAAGAAGUUUGAAUGGCUGUUGGAAAAACUUAAUCUUGAAUAUAAAGGACAUCCAGAGACCUAUCACAAGUUAUCACGAAAGGAAUCCUUGCGUAAAUUGACUGAGAUGCACUGUGAUGACAUUAAGAACAAAAAAUUAGCGGACUAUAGAAACCUACUGGAGAGUCAACAGGGACCUUUCCUUAGAAAAAAACUCGAGGCACUUAACUUUAUAAGAAACGAGCAAAUAGAAUUACAACUACCAAUAACAGUGACCGAGCAGGAUAUAAAGAAGGUGGAGCAGCAGUUAGAAGAGUGGACAAUAAAGGAUGAGAUAAAGCAGCAAGCAAAGAAAAAGAAGAGGAAUGUACUUAUAGAAACCGAGUAA